AUGCGCCCACCACGGCUCCUCGCCGCCGCCUCCUCACUGUUCCCACGGCGCAGCCUUAACACCGCCGCCGCCGCCGCCACCUCCACCGCGGCACCUUCCUCUCCGGCCCCGCCGCCGCAGAGCGCCGCCCAGCUCCUCUCCACCCAAUUCGCCAGACCAUCCGCUGCCCGUGGCCAUGGCGUCGCCGAUGACCUCGCUUCCUCCCUCCGCGCACUCCUCGCCUCAUCGCCCGACGGCCCGCACGCCUUCCAUCUGCUCCGUGCCGCUGCACUGGAUACGCGCCUCCCGCCGAACGAGCUCGUCGACGCCGUCCUCUCCGCCGCGGACGCUGGCUCGCCGGCCGCGGUCACGCUCCUCAGCCACGUCCUCACCUGCCUCUCCCGCGCCGCCCGCAACCGCGCGGCCGCCGCGGCCGCAUACUCUCGCAUGGUCAAGAGGGGUGUUGUCCCGGACGCCAAGUCUCGCACCGACCUGCUCGUCGCCACGGCACGGGGCGCGUCGGCUGCGGAUGCGCUCACGCUGUUCGACGAGAUGCGGUGCAGGGGGUACUACGCGGAUGCUAAGAUGGAUGACGUCGUGAUGCGGGCCUGCGUCGGGGGAGGGAUGCACGGUGACGCCGUCAGGCUGUUCGAUGAAAUGGCCGGUGCCGGGGUCAAGCCCGACGAGCGCGUUUAUGCCAUCACAAUCACAGGUUUGUGCAAGCUACGCGAUGCAGACCGGGCAGUCCAGGUGCUGGGGAAGAUGAUGGAGGCAGGGCUCAAGCCACGGGAUUUUAUGUACAAUUCUGUGGUGGGUGUGCUUGUGAAGGUGGGGAGGAUGGAUGAGGCAUUGCGGCUGAAGGAUCAGAUGCUGCUGGCCACGGGGAAGAAGAUGGAUGUGAUUCUCGCGACGACGUUGAUGCACGGAUGUUGCUUGCAUGGAGAAAUUGGGAAAGCAUUAGAUUUGUUUGAUGAGGCUGUCAGGGAUGGUUGUGAUGCAGAGGGGAUGACAGAUGAGGCAUAUAAGCUAUGCCACCAGAUGAUAGAGCAGGGAUUGUUGCCGAGCACAUAUGAGUUCAAUUUGGUGAUCAAAGGCCUCCUAAGAGACAAACAGUGGAAGGAUGCCAUUGCCUUGUUUGAUCUUGUGGUUGAUACUGGGGUACCGGAUGUCUUCACAUACGGUUGUCUAAUUCAUUGGCUCAGUAAGCAUUGCAAACUCCACGAGGCAGUCAACUUAUGGGAUAAGAUGAAGGAAGCAGGAGUCAAACCUUCUAUUGCGACAUACCACAGCCUGCUGCUGGGGUACUGUGAGAAGGGGUGCAUGGAUGAAGCACUCAAGUUAUACUCUGAGAUGCCUGGUAAAGGAUACCCACCAAAUGAGGUCACUUACACAACUCUGAUGAAAGGGUACAUCAAGAAGAAAGCUUUUGACAAGGCCUAUGCCCUUCUUAAUGAAAUGCAUCAGAAUGGAGUUUCUUGCGGUGAGUAUACAUAUAACAUUCUAAUAAAUGGACUUUGCAUGGCCGAUCGUGUUUGUGAAGUUGAUGAAAUAUUGAAGAGAUUUUUAAGUGAAGGUUUUGUUCCAACCACAAUGACAUACAAUAGUAUCAUUAAUGGAUUUGUGAAAGCUGGUAUGAUGGGCUCUGCAUUGGCUAUGUAUCGGCAGAUGUGUGAGAAAGGUAUAACCCCCAAUAUAGUAACAUAUACCAGUUUUAUAGAUGGUUACUGUAGGACCAACUGCUGUGAUCUCGCAGUGAAGCUGCUCAUUUACAUGAGGCGCAAUGGCAUUCAACCUGACAUUGCUGCAUACAAUGCUUUCAUAAAUAUGUUUUGCAAACAGGGGGAUAUGUCUCAUGCACUCCAUUUUUUGGUUCUUCUGUUAAAAGAUGGUUUAACACCAGAUGUCACUGUCUACAAUAGUUUUGUUACAGGGUACAAGAAUUUGAAAAUGAUGACAGAAGCUUCGAAGUUCUAUUAUAGCAUGAUCAAACAAAGAAUUGUUGCUGAUACAGAAAUCUAUACAACCUUAAUUGAUGGGUUCUCAAAAGUUGGCAAUGUGGCCUUUGCUUUGGAACUGUACUCAGAGAUGUUGGCCAAUCACAAUAUUCCUGAUGAUAAAACUUUCACAGCGCUAACCCACAGUCUUUGCCGAAGUGGAGACAUUGAUGGUGCUAAGAGGUUAUUGGACGAUAUGAGAAGGUUAGAUGUGUGUCCAAAUACUGUUACUUAUAACAUGCUGAUAAAUGCACACAUCCGUGAUGGUAAGCUGCAAGAGGCAUUCCAAUUGCAUGAUAAGAUGCUCAGCAGUGGUGUCGUGCCUGAUGAUACUACAUAUAAUAUACUCCCUCCGACCAGUAAUAGUUGA